AUGUAUGCAGUUAGUCUACUAUCAAGAUUCAUGCAGAAUCCAAAUCAAGUUCAUCAUGRAGCAGCUAAAAGAAUACUAAGGUAUUUGCAAGGAACAAAGAGCUAUGGAAUUUGGUACAGAGUCACACAUGACUCUAAGCUCAUUGGCUACACCGACAGUGACUGGGCAGGUUCUGUAGAUGACAUGAAAAAUUUCAUACUAACCAACUACUCGGAGAUAGCUCUUGAUGCUUUUCAAGUCACAGCAGAUGUUAGCGGAGCUCCUAUAACAAAUUUGUCUGGAAGGAUCUUCUAUGGAAAACUGUUGUGGAGCAGAAGAAAGAACUAGAUAGCUACCUUCAAUUCUACCUUCGUACUCAAUAUUUCGCCCCGCACUGAGCCCCCCGGCGAAGGUUUGGCCUUCAUAUUGUCAGCAGAAUCAAGCAUUCCGGACCACAGAGAAGGCCAAUGGCUUGAGAUUGUAAAUGCAAGCACCAAUGGCUCCUCCAGCAGCAAUAUUGUUGCUGUAGAAUUUGACACAAGGAAGAGCUACCCAGAAGACGUUGAUGACAGCCAUGUAGGCUUGGAUGUCAAUAGCAUUUACUCCAGGCAGAAAUUUUCAUUGAGUGGUUACGGCGUCAAUCUUUCGAGCGGAACUGAUAUUACCUUCAACAUUCAAUACAACGGGACGUGGAAAACGUUGGAAGUCUUUCUUGUCAUGAGUAAUGGAACUGUGAAUCCAUUGAUUUCAUAUCCACUUGAUCCGUCUGACUAUCUUCCGGAAGUUUAUGUGGGAUUCUCAGCUUCCACCGGGAAUAAUACCCAACUCAACUGUGUAAAAUCAUGGGAUUUCACAGGUGAGGACAUAGAAGAUGAUCCUCUCCACCUGUUGUGGGUUUGGAUCUUGAUACCUGUAGCGACCCUCUUACUGUGCGGAUUGACUGGAUUCAUCUAUUACUAUUAUUUGCGAAGGAAACACGGGGAACAAAAAAUUGUGGAUCCCACCAUAGAAAUACAGAUUGGAGGCUACACCAUAGCACCUCGGAGGUUCAAAUUUAAGGAACUCAAAACUGCAACUGCAAAUUUCCAUCCCAACAACAAGCUUGGGAAAGGAGGAUUUGGGACAGUCUACAAAGGAUUAAUCUUGAAAGAAAACAACCUGGAGAUUGCUGUAAAACGAGUGUCAAAAGGUUCAACCCAAGGCAAGCAAGAGUUCAUUGCAGAGGUGACAACAAUCAGCCGUCUCCGACACAAGAACCUAGUGAAAUUAAUUGGGUGGUGCUACGAAGGUGAUGAGCUCCUCCUCGUGUAUGAGUUCCUAUCUGGCGGGAGCCUAGACAAACUCAUAUUUCCUGCCCAGAACCAGAGAACGAAGGAUGUGCAAGUGCAAUUGAGUUGGAAAAGAAGGCACAAAAUUAUUUGUGGAGUGGCUUCUGCACUGGAUUAUCUACACAACGGAAGUGAGAAGCGAGUUUUGCACCGUGACGUAAAAUCUAGCAAUGUUAUGUUGGAUGCAGAAUUCAAUGCUCGAUUGGGAGACUUUGGAUUGGCUCGAACCGUUCAACAGGAGGGUGAAACUAAUCAUUCCACACAGCAGUUAGGUAUCUUCCUUCUGGAAGUUGCAUGUGGACGAAGACCUGGUAAUCAAAACCCACAAAGCAACUCUAAAAGCAAUAUUGUUGAUUGGGUAUGGGAGUUGUAUGGAAAAGGCCAGAUUCUGGAUGCUGUUGACCCCAGAUUGCAGCAGGAUGACUUGAACGAGGAGCAAAUGGAAUGUGUGCUGAAGUUGGGAUUGGCAUGUUGUCAUCCAAAUCCUAAUUACAGGCCCUCCAUGAGAGUGGCCUUGCGAGUUCUCACUGGUGAAACAAUCCCACCAACUCCACCCGAUGAGAAACCUGCUUUUAUUUGGCCAGCCACAUCUGCUUCUUUUGGAGAUGAUUCAGAUUUUUCUCUGCAUGUACAUGUAGGGCAGCUAACUCCAAGCACAGAUCUCAGUGGCAGAUGA